AUGAUCAUGUUUUCCCAUGAGUUAUUCGUCUCCUUCCUCGCGGUUACCUGUCUGUUUGGUAUACCCAGAGCGUCUUCGGCGGCAUGUGAGCCCAUUCGGAUCCCUCUGUGCAAGUCCAUGCCUUGGAACAUGACGAAAAUGCCCAACCACCUCCACCACAGCACCCAGGCGAACGCAGUCCUGGCCAUUGAGCAGUUCGAAGGGCUUCUUGGCACCCAGUGCAGUACAGAUUUACUGUUCUUUCUGUGCGCCAUGUACGCCCCAAUAUGCACUAUUGACUUCCAACACGACCCUAUCAAGCCCUGCAAGUCGGUGUGUGAGCGGGCGAAGUGCGGCUGUGAACCGGUGAUGAAACGUUAUAAUCACACCUGGCCAGAGAGCUUGGCCUGCGAGGAUCUGCCAGUCUACGACCGGGGAGUCUGUAUCUCACCUGAGGCCAUUGUAAAAGCAGAAGGACCAGGUAGGAUAUGGGUGAUGAUGACGAUGAAGAUUCCAUAGUGUAGUUUUGAAAUAGAUAUUGUGAAUAAAUACAGGCUACCUCACAUAAUAUCAAGACCAGAGAUCAGAGGAAAAAAGUAUGAUGAUGAUGAUGAUGAGAAUAUCUGUAGUCUAUAAGAUUCUCUACAGCAGAAGUCAACUUUAUUCCUGUCUGUUACUUAGACAACCCUUACUAUCAAGACCCCUCAAAAUGCUCACCUGGUAAGAUGCAUGUGACCCUUGAAUGUUCUGUGGAUGAAACAUUACAAUUGAUUAUGUUACCACUAUAAAGUGCCAUAGAAAAACGUAACUACAGUAGCCUAUGACAUUAGAGGCUACUUGUGAAGUUGAUACUGUUCUUGAGUGAAAAUGUUCUCAUCAUAGUUGGUUUUAUUCAGAAUCAACUCCUGACUUUCCAAGUGAUUCUCACAAUGUCAACUGUAAAGGAGCCAACAAUGGUAAAAUAAUAAUCACAUUUUCUUUGCUUCAUCAAACAUUUGGAUACUUUUACAUGGAGCUGUUGUUGAACAUACUGCAAAUGUAUCUUAAAAAUGAUGUUUGGCUAUUGAAUUUAGUGCAGAAUAAUAUGAACAGUUAUAUUAGAAUACGGUAUAGAUUUUCACCUCAUGUUUUUCAUUACAUUAAUUUCCAGAAUGUAAUUUUGCUGUUCACAAACGUGUAGAUUUAGGGCUAUUUAAAUCCCAGAUGUUCUACAAUGUAUCACAUUAUUCCUUUAUUGUUUCAGAUCGAUGCAAGUGCAAGUCAGUAAAACUGGGUCUCAAGACCUAUCUAAAGAAUAAUUACAACUAUGGUGAGCUAUUACUCAUUUACGAUUUUCUGUAUGAUUUUCAUAAGCAAUUCUCUUUGCAGUUCAUAAAAGAGUGGGAAAAGAUUAUAGAAUGAGAGCGAUGUAGUUACUUAGAUAGCUGAUUAUUACGAUGCAUGAUUUUAUCAUUGUCCUAAAACUCUGCGGGACAGUUUUCCAGACACAGAUUACAUUUAUAGUCCUGGACUGAAAAGCAUUCUCAAUGGAAUCUCCUCAAAGUAGUCUUGGACUAGGCUUAGUUAGUGUCCAGGAAACAAGUAUGUUCAGUCAAACAAGUAGCCUUCAAAUGUAAAGUAUUGUUUAAUGUUUUCUUCCCAGUGAUUCGUGCGAGGGUGAAGGAGAUUAGAAGCAGGAAUCAUGACUUGAGUGCCAUCGUGGAGGUCAAAGACAUCCUGAAGUCUUCCUUCGUGAACAUCCCUCGUGAUACAGUCACACUGUACUACAACUCUGGCUGUCCAUGUCCUCCUCUCACCGCCAAUGACGAGUACAUCAUCAUGGGUUAUGAGAAUGAGGAGAGAUCCAGGUAUGUCUUGAGCCAGUCAUUUUAA